CACAGGCUCCGCGCAGCGCCCGGGCAGGUCCAAGGAGACAGAAGCAAAGAUGGACUGGGGAUCGCUGCAUGCCGUGUUGGGAGGUGUGAAUAAACACUCCACCAGUAUCGGAAAGAUCUGGCUCACUGUCCUUUUCGUUUUUCGUAUCAUGAUCCUUGUAGUGGCUGCCGAGAAGGUCUGGGGUGAUGAACAGCAAGAUUUUAUCUGCAACACUCUGCAGCCUGGAUGCAAAAAUGUUUGCUAUGACCACUUUUUCCCCAUCUCCCACAUCAGACUCUGGGCCCUUCAGCUGAUCUUUGUUUCAACUCCUGCACUUUUGGUGGCAAUGCAUGUUGCCUACAGACGCCAUGAGAAGAAGAAGCAGUUAAGAAACGGGGAGAAGUUUGAUAUUGAAGAGCUGAAAAGAACAAGGUUUCAUAUUCAGGGGCCCUUGUGGUGGACAUACACCAGCAGCAUCUUCUUCAGAGUCCUCUUUGAAGCCAUCUUUAUGUAUGCAUUUUACUUUAUGUAUGAUGGGUACCAAAUGCCACGCUUACUGAAAUGUAGUGCUUGGCCCUGCCCAAACACAGUGGAUUGCUUUGUCUCUCGACCCACUGAGAAAACCAUGUUUACCAUUUUCAUGCUUGUUGUGUCUGGUGUUUGCAUGCUGCUGAAUGUGACAGAAUUGUGUUACCUAGUGGUAAAAGUUUGUGUGAAAGAGCCUAGGAAAACAGCAGCUUUAAAGUAAUUCCCCAGACAUCAGAAUUCCCCCUUUUUCCAACUUUAGGUUAGCUGUCAGAAAAUGAUGGCUAAUAUUUCCAGGUUCAAUGAAAAAAGAAAACCCAAUGUGUAAUUUGGCUGCAAAAGCUGUCACAUUAAACUGUCGCUGCUGCGAUUCUUAAAAUUCAUUUGUGCGCUGAGUUCUCCCUUAUCCACGAAGUAAGAGCCUGACCCUGGCAGCAGGAGUUUUUCCAAGGCUUUCUGCUGUUCUGACAGUAGCCUAAAGAAGACAGUGGAAUGUAAUUGCUUUGCAAAAGUGACAGGCUUAUCAGCAUCUUGCUUUGGGAAGGGUUUUUGGGGCCAAGGGAGAUCAAUGCACUCCUAGCACGCUGACAUCUGUAAUGAAGAAACUAGUGUUAAGGAUAGAGGCUUGAGUUUGAUAGUUUUAGGAACUCUCCUUGCUGUACUGGGGAUGGAAGAAGGUGGCGGAGGGGCAGUUAAAUUCAUGGAAAGGUACUUGUUUCUCCCUCUUAGCAGUCCUUGUAGUCAUGGUUGGUGACUAAUGGGUCUGCCACUCCAUGUUUGGGGAAAGGGGAGGACAGGGAUAGCCAGGGGCAGGGAGCAGAGGUGCACACAGUUUCCAGGCUCCGCCAUAAUCUGGCUCAAACCUUACUAGGAAUCUCUGGAUACACAUUGACUUUUCAGCAGGUUUUCCCUGCACUACAGAACUGCCUUGACAUGGAAUGGGGUUGCUAGGUUCAGCCAGUGGUGAAGCAAGAUAUGGCAGAUAGUACUGCCAGGUUCUACAAGGAAGUAGAUGAAGUAAUGGAGGGCCAGAUCAUUGAGUUAUAUCCUCUGACAUCUCUAAACCAAUGCUGGUUGAUGCUAGGGAGGGGUAUGGAUUACACUAGACAUGCACGUACAUACAGUCUACCUCUAAAGCAUUUACUGCAUGCCCCUGUCAGAGGUGCGAUACUGGACUAGAUGGACCAUUAGUCUGACCCAGUAUGGCACUUCAUCAUGGUGGAACUUCUCCAAAUGCAGUUUGGUGUUGUGGUGGGCAUUACCUGAAAGAAAUGAGAAGGUGAACUUCAUCUUGCCAUGUAAUAACCUAGAGAAAACACGAGGAGGCAAUGCUCAAAGGAGUUUUCUUUGUCCAGACUUGGCAGAUUUUUCCAUGCAGGUGGGAAGCAGGAUGGCACUGAUACUGGGAGCUUCUGUUAGGUGAUUUCUGGAAUUUGAUAAAGACAUUUUUACAAAAUGAUGGGACUGCCUUCGAGUGCUGUUUUAGUGAUGUGUAUUGACUAAAGAACAAGCAAAAUUGUUGCUGUAUCUCAUUACAUAUUGUAUGGCCCAGGACAACUACUUUAGCACUUCCUGCAUGAAACACAGCAGGAUGUACACUCCCUGUCUGCUGAUGCAGCUCCUUUCUUUUUAUGCAUCUCACAUAAAUCUUCACCAUAAAACCUCUUGCACUAAUCUUCUCUCAACUCACAAUGUUGGCAGCAAGCAGUCCAUAAAACCAUAGCACUGAACCUAUCUCAAUGAAAAAUGCGUAUGUAGAGGAAACCUGGUAUUUCCCUAAAAUUCCUUAUUAGGAUGUAAUUUGUCUGUAACUAAGUAGAGGCACAGCCUUCUAUUUUUAUCUUUCCAUCUGAGUAAGACUUCAAGUUUUCUUCACGUUUUCUUUAGGCAUUACCCCAUUUGCAUGUAGCAGUACAAUUUUAACACGUCUUCUCAGUGCUUACCCAGCAAAGCUAACUCUGAGGGCCAGUUACUUGUUGUUGUUGGCCACAGCAACUUGGUGUUCCAUGAAAAGAUGGAAAGUGUCUAGGGUUUUGUCUUUACAUCCAUUGUCUCCACCAACACAUCCCAGUUUGCUGCUGCUUGAGGAAACAUGCAUGCACUGAUUUAGGCAGGGUAGCCAAUGGAAAUAGUACUAAUCCUCCUUAUUGUGCACUGAAAAUAGAGCAUGAACAGGCUCUUCCUCCUGCUGAGAGAUAGAAUAUCAGCUGGUAGGUCCGGGCCCCAAACCAGUUAUGUUAAUUAUAGGCUCGAUUUGGUCAGACUUUCAGGACAUAGCAGCAGAUGGAAAUCUGACCGUAAUAUGAGAAGGGAGGGAGAGGAAAAUAAAUCAAAGCAGCAUUAUCAGAUGUAUGACUAGAACAUGAAAAGUAAUUAAGAAUUAGCAAAAUGGGAAACUGUGUGAGAACAUCUUUAUUCCAACUCUGGAUGAACAAAGACUGGUAUGUAUCUUGUUUGUGCUUAGUAAAGGUCCUGCUUAGUUACAUGUGCCAGUACUAAGAGAACAAGCUUCCUACAUGAGAAACAGUCUAGUAUUAUGUUUGUUUUGUAACAACUAUAUAUAUAUCUUUCUCUCUCUUCUGUCCAGAUCCUAUAUUUAAAGCACUCUUGUCAUACUGAAGAUGUUACAGCAUAGAACUGUCUAGUGAAAGUAAAAAGAGAUGUAGUCUCUAAUAUCACUUCUAGUAGUAUUAACCAAGAGCUGCUGUAUAUAGAGGCAUUUUUAACUCUACAUGGCAGGUUAGUUUUGUAAUGGUUACACUGUCUGCUAUACUGCCAGUUUUAUGAGCUGAUAAUGGAAGUGUAUAUAACCUGCUCUACAGCUGGAAAGACUAGUGAUAAAAGUCUGAUUACCCCCUUGGUGGAGAUGUCAUUUUCUUACCCUGCCUUUGGGGAAUGAGUCAAGACAUUCUUGCUAGACAAACUCCAGUUCUCAAGGAAUUUACAAGCAGAUGAUAUGAAGUUGUGCCAUAAUUGAUGAUGCUGCCGGGUUAAAUGCUCUCACCUGGCAAUUUGAUUACCUGACAGAAAACUGGAGACUGGGAAAGUAGCUGCCAGUGGUCAAGCAGUCAUUCUGAUUAUGUAUUUUAUUUCUGGAGAUAAUAAUCUGAGUAGGGUGCUCUCUGUGAGACUUCCCUUGUUUAUAUUUUGUGUGACCAAGAAACUGCUUUAUAGAAAAAUGUAUUUGGACAAUUCAUAGGAAAUAAGCCUUUUGAACCCAUUUUGUAUGGUACAUUGCAUGCUUGACCUUUUGCAACUGUAUAGGAUUUCAAUUAAAUAUAACAGCCUACUGGA